AUGACACGACAAAAACAAACAAAAAGAAUAGAUGACACGAUAAUGAAAUCUAUAUCGUGCAAAAAUGCUAUGGAGGAUUUGAGGAACCAGUACCGAGACGCACUGAGUAACUUACAAGAAGUUUUAGCAAAGACCAUUGAUGAGGUCAACAACGCUGCAGAGAAGCAACUUAACCCCUUGUGUAGCAAACUGAGCUUAGAAAAUCCACUGAUCAGACCCGAAGAUGUUAAAAAGUGCGUGGUAUCAGAAUGGUCUGAAUGGUCGAAACCGAUUGGAUUUGGUAAAAUUCAGCGAACACGAACCAUACUGGAGAGUGGUUGUGGUUGCCCAGGAGAAGAUGAGCUGAAACAAACUAUUGAUGUCAGUAAAUAUUCUAUAAAGGUUAAUUCUAGCGUUGAAGAACAAUUUCAAAAUGGAUUCCUUACCAACGGUAGUAACCCCAACAAACCAAGGGACAUUUUGAUCAUCUUGGACUCAAGUGGAAGUAUACUUGAUGAAGAUUUUGAGUUCAUGAAGGAUGGUCUGAAAGUGAUGAUAGAUCUUUUCUGUGGAGGAUUUGGAUAUGCCGAGGCCAACAACCGUCUUGCCAUCAUCCAGUUUGCUACCAAUGUCACCAUUAUCCACAAAUUUAGUGAUUCUCAAGAUCCAACCAGUUUGAAACAGAAGGUUACCGACUUACGUCAUUACGCUGGUAACACAUGUACUGGUAACGCAACUAAAGUAGCCGCAGAUGAAGUUUUUGUUCCUGAAAAUGGUAUGAGAGAUUAUACCGUUAAAGACACCCUGUUGGUCACUGACGGACAAUCCAACUGUGGACUGGAUCUGAGAUACACCGUUGCUAGGUGGCUGCAACCAAAAACCAAUGUAUGGGCCCUGGGUAUUGGCCUGAAAUCAUCACUGUCAGCCAGACGGGAAGUAGAAUCAGUUGUUACCGGCAAAGACGACAAACACAUAUUUUCAUUGGAAAAAUUUGGUGAUUUCAAACAGAUGAUUGAAAAUGUCAAAGCCAGAUCUGCCAACGAUUUGUGUCAGCCCAUUGAAUUCGAUCGAAAAUAA